UUUAACUCUAAAAGUCCAAAUUAUAAUGUUCGUGUUUUUGUUUUGUUUUUUCUUCUUCUUCCUCUCUUUUCUAGGUAUAGCUUAGUAUUAUGGGUGAUACAAAAGAGUCUAAAAUGCAGAUAACACCAGAAACUCCAGGACGAGUCACGGUCCUGAAUCCUUUUGAAAGUCCUAGUGAUUAUUAUACUCUUCAGGAGCAGAUUGUCUCCAGCCCUUCAGUCUUUAAAUCAACAACUUCCUCAUCUACACCAGGAAAAUUUAGAUGGUCUAUUGAUCAGCUUGCUCUAAUAAAUCCUGUGGAAAUUGACUCAGAAGAUGUUCGACGCCAAGCAAUGUAUUUGAGUCAUGCUAGAAUUGAUAAAGAGACAGAAGACAGAAGGCAAAAAGCCAUUGAGGAGUUUUUCACAAAAAGACUCAUAGUUCCUUCUCCAUGGACUGAACAUGAAGGCAAGCAAGUUUCUCAGUUUAAUUCAACUAAAUCCAUAGAUCUAAAUAACAUUUCUCCGAUUGGAAGACAGCUAACUUUGCAGCCUGGGAAAAGCAAUGCUGCUUGUCAGACAGUAUUGUCUUUGCCCGUGGAUUUUAAUUUAGAGAAAAUACUAGGUGAAUAUUUUAAAACAGAUGAAUUUGCAGAUCAGUCUCAGGAAAAUCUGAGCUCUUCAUCACUCAGAAGAAAGCUGUUUUUAGAAGAAAAUGGAAGUGUAUCUGGGUGUUUGUCCCCUUCUCUACAUAGUCCAUGUGGUAGUCAGCCACUUGGAGUGCUUUGUUCAAUAGACAUAUCUCCAGUCCGGUGCAGAAGCCCUCUGGAAACAUCUAGUUCAGGUCAGUUUUCGUCAAGCCCUAUUCAGGGAGGAACAAGGGCUUAUAGUCUGGGAAGUAUAACCAGUCCCACAUUUCCAGAGGGGUCUCCUGUGCAUAAUGGUUCUCCUGCUUUUUCACCAAUUGCUUUUCGCAUAAGACAGACACCACUAUCAGACCAAAGAAAAUUUACAUUUCAUUCUCCAGAUAUUCCUCCUUCCUCAAAUAGAAUGACACCCCCAAGUACAAGAAGUCCUUACAUAGAUGGUUGUUCUCCAGUUAAAAACUGUUCUCCUUUGAGGCUUGGAGCAUGUAGAGGAACUGCCCAGUAUCAGACUUCUGUCAUUAGAAUACCUAUUGCAGUUGAGAAUCAUGUUGAGGAUGAGGAAGACAAGGAAGAUGCUUCUCCAACAGAAACUCGUUUCCCGGAAAUGGAUAAUGGAAUAAACUUACGUCAGCAAGAUGGUGAUACUUUUGCACAUGGUACACAUCUCGUGGUAGCAACUGUGUCUAUUGCACCAGCUCACUCAGAAGCUUGUCACCAAAGGUUGUCAUCAUUCCAGGAUGUAGAAGGCUCAAAGGAGAAUAAUACUGUAGAUAUGGUUGAUGCAGCUGAAGUGUUGGAAGAAAACACUUGGAUAAAAGAAACAGUUGGCAGUAGCAAUGCACCAAUGACCAGUUUUAUGACAGGGAUAACUUUCAGUAUUGAAAACUCUCGCAUGUGCAUGUCUCCUCUUGCAGAAAGCAGUGCAAUUCCUUGUGACAACAGUAGUAUUCAGGUGGACAGUGGUUAUAAUACACAGACUUGUGGAAGCAGUAUUAUGGAUACUGUGGGGGCUGAAAACAGUUGCAGAGAAAAUGAUGUGAAUACGAACGUACUUCAGAAUAAAUCUCAGCUGCUUAGAACAAAGGAGUGUUCUGUUUUAAACCAUAAGGACAAUCAGUUGCUGAGAGCAAAAUCUCCAGAGAAGCAAUCCUGUUUCCAAAAAGCAAAAACACAUACUGCAAUAUUUGGUCAAAAUGCAACUUGCAACGUUUCUGCCUGGAAACAUAAAAAUGAAAAUCAAGUUCAGGGAUUUCACAAAAAUGGAAUACUGGCACCAAGAAAGAGACUGGACAGAAAUGCAUUGCUGGGGGGCUGAUCAGAGCAGGGCUGGAGUAACAGGAGAGGGGUGAGUGUCAGUAUCAGACUAAAGUAACACUGGUAAAACUCAGCUGUGACUUUCAUGAGGAAAGGAUAAAACUAGUGUUCCAGAAAUGUGUUCCUGGAAUAUGUGUAUGUUUUACAGUGGACUGCAAACUGGUAAAAAUGGCUACUUUGAUUUUAGUACCAGGCUAGUCCUUUUCACAAGGGAAACUUAAUUAACAGCUGCAUGAAAAUCUAGUUACAGAAAUUACAUACUUUUUCCAUAUCUUCAAAAAGUCUCAUUGUCAUAAUAAAACAAGCUUUAUGUCAAAAUAAGCCUUUUAGCUAUUUUUUGGUAAAGUUUUUUCCUUGAUUUGACUGAAAACUGCAUAUCCAUCAAUUAGUUUUACCAUGUACUUAAGUAAAAUGUACUAUUGGUUACUUUAAAAUUAAAUUCCAGUGUUUACUUCAGUAGUUUUAUUAGUACUUAUCUUGAUCACCUGACUCCACCAGUGUCUCCUGAGAACAUUUGUGUCCAAACUGAUGCUCGAGUGCACUUUCAAAGAAACAUAAGAAGGUGCAAUAAGGUUAAUUAGUUUCAGUACGUGAUUAUGAGAAUGGUGCAGCCUGCCUUCUACUACAGUAAACCAUUACAUUUUAUUUUGAUUUUAGCUUAAUUCCCAGUACUAUGUGUCUUACAGAAAUUACCAAAAUACUUAGAUAAACAUUUAGAAAUUAACUUUUGCAUGCCACUUAUUGCAAAAGUAUUAAUAUAAACAAAACUUCUGAUGUUUUCAAGAAAACCAUCAAUGAACAAAAGUAAUGGAACGGGGAAGGUCUGUAAGCCUAGAAUUCCCUUUGCCUAAUCAAAUCAGAUGUGGUUAAAUUUGAACCUUAUGGAAUUUAUAAAUGUAAAUGGGAGGAAAAAAAAUCCAGUAAUUUUUCUAGCCUAGUGACUAAGAGGGAAGAAGAGAUUAGGGAAAUACUGACAUUUCAGGGCACUGUGUUUGUAGAGCUCUAAAGUAAGCUUUGUUGGAUUCAUCAAAAAGAAAAGUCCAUAUCCGUAUAGGAUAUCCAGUGGUAGGAUAUGGAAUGCAAGUUCUGCUUCUUAUUCUAUUCUACAGCCCACAGAAAAGCUCAUACCAAAGUGAUAAACUGUGGCUGAUGAGUAGCUAUUGUUACACUAAGCCUGAAAUGGUUGGUCAGACCUAAAUUUGAAGGCAAUGGACAAUGUUUUUAAAGUCUCAGAAGGGUUUGGUAUGAACAGAAUGGCAUGGCUUUAAAAAGCAAUGUGCUAGACCUGAGACUUGUGUGCAAGCCUUGUAUGGAUAGAACAGUUCUUGAAAUAUUUUCAUUAAUAAUUCACCAGUGAAGGCUUUCUGAAAAAUAUACUUAAAAAGGGAAACUUCUAUACCAUCAAUAAAGCAUAAUUUUGUUUUAGUUUUCACAUUGCAGAAAUAAUUUUUUAAAAUUACUUCAGAUUUCUAACCAGCAAAGGUGACAACAUGAAUGAUUUUUACUUCCAUAACAAUUUAAUCAAUAUUUCUGUAACACUUUGGAUUGACAGUAAUUGAAUGUAACAUCCUCAAUUACCUACUUCCUGAUCUUGGAACAGCGCCCUAUUAAAAGCUGGAAAUACACUGAAUUGUUAACUUUAGGGAUGAAUUUUGCUAAAGUAGAGAAUGAACAGAUUUCUGGAAAAUGAGUUUAUGGAAUAUGGUAUUCAAAAUGUUCUUAGCUUUAGCUUGUUAAGGUUUGUAGCUCAAAAGCAAAACAAUUUGUUUGAGACUUAAAAGUUACGAUCUUGCGUUGUUCUGUUUCUCAUGAUAAUUCUCUUUAACAAUAAUCAAUUGAAAGUGAAUUUCAGAUUUCUGAUUUAUACAAAGGAUUUAUUUUUGUAUGUGUGAUUACUAAAAUAGUAGUAAUGUUAAUGUAAAGGUGAAUGAGAAGCAGGGUGGUCCAAAUUAGGAUCUGUUUCUGAACUGUUUGACAUGAUAUGUAUAAUUAAGAUGGAGGGGGGGUGGUGUUAAUAAAAUUUUUUUAUUCUUCAUGAUAGGUUCAGUGACCAGAGACUUUCAUAGUAUUUUCAAAUAAAAAACAAUCACUAAAAUAUUUAAUUGCACCCUGUAUAAGUAUUUCCUUAAAUGUAAGGGAAAAGUAACAGCAGAAUGAGUGAAUGUGAGAAUUAAGGAUCACCCCAGAUGGAUUGCCUGUAUUUUCUGUCUGUUUUAUAGUCUUCAAUUAUUUAUUUUAUGACAAAAUGCCUAUUUUUGUUUGUGAAAUUGUUUUGUAGAAGAAACAUACUGUGCAAAUUAUUGUGGAAAUCAUUUGACCAUUCUGCUUCUCUGGCUGUACUUGCAUUGGUUGGCACACAUUGCACAAAAUGGUCAUUGUUUACAUUAAUUUAGGUAGCUUUAAUGAGUCUUUUUAACAUGUAUUGCUGUAAACUAAGUAGUGAAACAGAAUAAAAAAAUUUUCAUACCUAAAAUGUUUGAAAUUUUUUUUGCUAGUUUGUAGCAUCUUUCAUGGGAGUGCUGCCAGAGGCAGGUUUA